CCUUUUUGGGUUGCAUAAUAACUCACAUCAUUGCCUUACAAAUCCAAAGCUCCAUUUUAUUGGAUUCCUAGUCUCUCUUAAAACUAUUUCAACUUGCCAAUAAGCUUUUUACAUUUUCCCUCUCAACCCUCUCUCUCUCUCUCUGAAAAGUUUUCUUCUUUCUUUGACUCAUUGAUUACCCACUUCACUCUCUCCAAUCCUCCAGAGAACCCAUUUCUUCUUUCUCUCAAUCUCUGCUUUUUUUUAAGAAACCCAGAAAAACCCAUUACUGGGUUUCUUGGUGUCUCAGACCUCCAAUGGCGGCCGAGAACGCACUGAAAUCCAAAGAGGUCUCGGCGAUGAUCAAACAGGGCUUCAUUUCCGAUCAAACCCUCUCGUUCUCGCCGUCAAGACCCACCAAUUCCAAGCUCCACUCCCCCAACUCCAAAACCCUAUCCUCUCCUCCCUUCUCCCCCGCCGCGGCGCCGACUCAGCAAUUGACUCGGCCGAGUCAGUCCCAGACCCUGUACGAGAUGAUGUCCGACGAGCAGCACCGGGAUUCCAAGCACUCGGACCGGAAUCUCCACCAGAAAGUCCACAAGCUCCGAAACGGCGCCGUUUCGGAACCCCAAUUGGGGGGGCUGGUUUCUGGUGAUGUGAGGCUCACGGUGGUGGCCAAGGACGGGUUUAGAGUCUCAAUGGAUGUGCACAAGAGUGUUCUGGCUUCGAAAAGCCGGUUUUUCGCCGAAAAGCUUAGGAAAGAUAGAGGGGUUUCACAUUGUGUGGAGAUUUCUGACUGUGAUGAUGUGGAGGUGUAUGUGGAAACUGUGGUGUUGAUGUACUGUGAGGAUUUGAAGAAGAGGUUGAUGGGUGAGGAGGUCUCCAGGGUUUUGGGUUUGCUAAAGGUCUCUGCGGCUCUCAUGUUUGAUGAGGGCAUUGCCUCAUGCUUGGAGUAUUUGGAAGCGGUUCCGUGGUCCGAGGAGGAAGAGGAGAAAGUUAAAUCUCAACUCGGUGAACUUCAGCUUCAUGACUCGGCCAGUGAUCAAGUUUUGCUCAGAGUAUCCUCUGAACCAUCCACGUCUGCUAGAGCUGAUGAAAUCUUAUCGAGACUGCUCACUGGUGUUCUUCAAGCGAAAGAUGAUAGAGCUCGUCGAGAAAUGAAGACUCUCAUUUCCAGGUUGCUUAGAGAAGAUGCAGCGAAUGACGGCAAUAGGCUUGAUGUGUCUAAAGAAACCCUUUACAAUCUUUGCCAUAGAUGCUUGAGUUCCCUUGUUCUGUGCUUAUCCGAAGCUACAGGCAUGGAUGAAAAGCGGGAUCGCGGGGUAUUGAUGGCUGAGAUAGCAAGAGAGGCUGAUAACAUGCAGUGGAUUGUUGAUAUUAUGGUAGACAAGAAAAUGGGUGAAGAUUUUGUGAAAUUAUGGGCGGAUCAGAAGGAGCUUGCAGUCCUCCACUCAACGAUUCCGAUCAUGUACCGACAUGAAAUCAGCAGAAUCACAGCUCAGCUAUGCAUCGCGAUUGGGAGUAGACAUUUGCUGGUGCCCAAAGACACAAGAUUUUCUUUGCUUUCGACAUGGCUGGAAGCUCUUUAUGAGGACUUCGGAUGGAUGAGGAGGGCUUCGAGAUCUGUUGACAAGAAACUUGUUGAAGAGGGUCUAAGCCAAACGAUUCUUACACUUCCUUUGCAUCAACAACAGGCUAUAAUGCUUAAUUGGUUUGACCGGUUUCUAAACAAGGGAGAUGACUGUCCCAACAUUCAGAAGGCGUUUGAAGUUUGGUGGAGGAGAGCUUUCAUCAAACAUGUGGCAGAGCAGGAAAAUCAUAGGUUGCAAAUUACUGUUUGUGAUUAUCCCAGUUGAACCAAGUUUAUAAAAUCGACAUGUAUAUAGAAAGCAGCAACUUUUUGUUCUGAAUUAAAUCUUCUCAGUAAUUUUCCCAUCCUUGGUUGAAUCCGUCAACAAGAGUAGUGAUUCCUACUAUGGCGUUUGAUAAUGAAAAAUGAUCCGAUCUUUAGAACCCGUCUUCAUCUAUCACCCUCUGUACUCGGGUUUUCGAUGGAAGAGGCUUGAAAUUCUUUGUUUUAUUUUUA